AUGAAGUUAUUCUUCUUUCUCUUCGGGUUAUUAGCUGCUGUAGAGCAAGAAAAAGCAUGGCGUGAAGAUAAUAGAGUGCCAGUUGAGCAGAUCAUGAAUGAUCACUCAUCUGCAAAAUUCAAAUAUGAAUAUGUAUCAGUUUGUGUAAAUGGAACAGACGAAACACUCUUGGAUAUUGUUCACGGAAAGGAAUGUAAAGACGCCAAAUCUCGAGUUGCUCUCGGUAAAUACUCCAAUCAAGUGAACACAACUGGAUGGGGAAUUCUCGAGAUUGAGACGUUUGCUAGUCAUUCUUACGAUGUUCAAGCUUACGCAGCAGGAGUUGCUGAAGGAGAACUCACUCGUCUUCAAAUCUAUUAUCACUACCGUAACACCAUUGAAACUAUGUGCAACAACCACACUCUCUUCUGCAAGCGACUCUACAUUUAUCUCCAAGAAAACUUGGAUUGGAUGAGAAGUCAAGUCAUGUCAAAUCCACCAACUGAUCCAUUCUGGCGUCAAGUUAAUUUGACUUUCGCUCAACUCACUGGAGUAUAUGAUGCCUAUAGUAAGAGAAAUCUGACACCUGAAAUUGGAUUCGAUCUCCAUCCUAUCUACAUGAUGCAACUCGCUGGAGAUAUGUUUGACCUGAACAAGUUCCUCAACAAGACACCAGAUCCAAUGGAAUAUCCAGAAGGAGGCAGAUGCUCCGGAUUCAUUAAACUUGCUCCAGGAAACAAGGAUUUGUUCAUGGCGCACGUUUCCAUGUCAUCUCUCAGUUGGAUGCAAAGAAUUCUCAAGAUUUACAAAUUCGGAUAUGAUGUGAAUGAAGUACCCGGACAUAUUGUCACUUUCUCUGGAUAUCCAGCAGCUCUAAUCUCUUCCGAUGACUACACAAUCACUUCGGCUGGACUGACUUCUAUUGAGACUACCAUUGCAAUUUUCAACACUACGCUGUACACUGAUAAGUACAUGAGUUCCAAAGGGCAGGUUCAUUGCUGGGUCAGAUCAAUGGUGUCCAAUUUGUUAUCAAGAACUGGAAAGGAAUGGGUUGAUACGUUUGGAAGAUACAACUCAGGAACUUAUAACAACCAGUGGACUGUUUUGGAUUGGAAACAUUUCACUCCAGGACAACCGAUUCCAGAUAAAGACGUUGUUUGGAUUUCAGAACAGACACCAGGAUAUUAUGAGUCUCGUGACAUGACGUGGUACUUGAAGAAAUAUACAUAUUUCUCCUCCUACAACAUUCCUUUCCUUCCAAAAGUCAGCGAGAUUUCUGGAUUUGACACCAAAGCGAAACAGUUCUCGUGGUUCGAAUUGGGAGGAUCUCCGCGUGCUAGAAUCUUCGACAGAGAUCAUAACAAGGUCACUGACAUUGACUCUUUGACAAAAUUGAUGAGAUACAAUGACUUCACUCACGAAGAAUUCGCAAGAUGUAAAUGUACUCCAUUGCCAUAUACUGGAGAAGGAGGUAUUUCUGCUCGUGGAGACCUGAAUACUCCCGGAGGAACUUAUGAAGUUGAAUCAAUGGGAUUCAGAGAUCACGCUGGACUCGAUUUCAAGGGAACUAACUAUGAAAUGUUCAAGAAAAUGAGAUUCCGUGCAUGGGGAGGACCACCAUACGAUCCACUUCCAGUUUUCGACUGGAACCACACAAAUAUCACAAAUGUUCGUCAUUUCGGACAGCCAGAUGUUUGGAAUUUCACCUACGUUGACCUUGAAUGGGAGCUUGCUGCAAAGGUUCAACUCACUCCAUAUCCAACAAACUAG